AUUCUGCCCGCCAAAACGUUUAAAUACCGUGUCGAAAUUCACCUGGAGGCGCUUUUUGAGGGAUGGGUCUGCGGUACAGUUGUCGAUAAUUAAAAAAGUACCGAUCUAGCGACAUAAAAAUCCUCCAACAUGGCUUCAUCUCUCGCCGCGCAGCUUGCGCAGGUUGCGGCAAAGUCGACCAACCAGUUGGACCUCAAAGCACAGCGCAUUUCGCAUUCGCAAUCUCUCAUCUACGACCGGAGAGUCGCUACUUCUCAGGACUUCGAAACUAUUUAUGCGAUAUGUCACGAAGGCUUCCAGGAGCUAUGCCAACUCGAUCCCCGAUUCGCCCCGUUCGAGCGCACGAUCUUCAGCCAACAGAGUAUCUCGGAAGACCGCACGGAGAUGACCGCUGCCCAGAAUAAGGAGCUCAACACAGUAUUGGAAGCUUUCUUGGCUUUGGUUGGAGGCAGACUUUUAUUGAGUCCGGCCGUGAGGGCCGUUGACUGGCUCAUCAGACGCUUCCGGGUACACGAGUACAACACCGAAUUCACUCUUCUCACUUUCCUGCCAUAUUACACUACUCCGCUUUUCUUAAGGCUCUUAUCGAUAUUGCCCGAAGAUCUGACGCCGACCUUCAAAAUCUUGAAUCCGUACAAGAAGAGCAACAUCAACCCCCCACGCCAUCCUCUUUUGCACAGCGCUACUACCAACAAGUUAUUCUUCGCGGCUCUCAACAGAUAUACCCUCCAGGUUAGCAAGCAGCGGGCGCAUCACCAUGCGCUUUUGACAUUUUGGGCUGGAAUGAUCACCGAAGCAGUUGUCGGAAUGCUGGAUGCUGGACGCUCUGGUCGGCGGGAUCUCGAAAAGGAGAAGCACGAGGAUGUCAUCCUCAAGGUUCUCCCGAUUUUGAAUGAUGGUCUCGGAAUGAAGGACGUUUCGGAGCUGGUUAUCGGCUGUUACAUGGUUUGCGUUGUUCUGGCCAACAAGGCUUCCCUAAAUGAAGAAUUCCUUGAUUCUUUAAUGGAGGCUGUUGCUGGUUCGUGGACUGAGGAAACUAGAGAAUCGGGUCUCGUCUGUCUGUCUGUUCUUGCGCAAGCGAAACCAGAUAUGACAAUUCCCAAGAGGGCUUUCAAGGCAGUGCUCCGCCUGGAAGAUCCUGUGCAGCGGCUGACUGAGCUCUCUACUCAAUACAAGACUUCCCACCUCUUGCUUGGUCUGGUAGCUGGCUGCGUGAACGAUCUCUCGAGACAAAAAGACUUGGCACGCUUGGAGUUUCUUUCUCAGAUCUUCAAUGCCCGUCUUCUGGAAGAAUCGGACACGGCCAAGGCAAUGUCUUUGGUUCUUCAUGCCACUAGCAAUGCUCACCGGGAGGGUGCUUUGGCUCUUGAUGCCCAGACCCAGCUUGCUGAGCUCGUACAGCACUUCACUCAGUCCGAAUCCUUGCGCCCUAUUUUCCAGAAGGCGAUCGAAGAAUCUCAGUUCGACAUCCCUGCCCUGGAACACAAUCUGCAAAUUGUCGUAGAGUCUGCACCUGCCGCUAGGGCUUUGGAAGACGUGGAAAUGGGGGAUGCUGAAGUUGAAGAAGCGGAGGAUCAGUUCCCACCUGCCCUGGAGUCUCUCGCUGGAAAGAGCCUGGAUGUCUCAGCCCUCAGCGCCCAAAAUCUACCUGUCUUUGAGAGUCUCGUGCAAGUGUUUGCUCUUGGCGUUGGCUCUGAGGAGAAGCUUGAGUCUUUCGUCAACCUGCCGUCGCUGAAGAGGACCGAUGCCUUCAAAUCAACACAGUAUCUGUCGUUCCUGGCCAGAGUAUCAACCGGUGCCUACCCUACUGGCACUAGAGUUGCUGCCCUGAACCUGAUCACUUCGGCCCUAUCUUCCGCAUCUGAUGUCGAUCUUCAGGCUCUGCUGCCCUUCCUGCUGGUAGCGUUCGCCGACCCGACCGAACGCAUUCGACGGGCAGCAACAGACGUCCUGGCAGCGCUUGGCAACGUCUAUAAGCAGAACAAGAAGUCUGAUACUAAGCCUUGGGCCAAUGAAUCGCUAUAUGGCCAGCAAACAAAGAAUGUGAAGUGGUUGGUCGGGCGUGAUGUCCAGAAGCUUGUGGAGCGUGUCUUGCUCCCCGGUUUAGAGGAAUAUAUCCUCGACCAAGAUCAUUUUGGUCGUGUCCUCGAGACGACGUUGCGAGGCUUGUCGACUGCUGAUUCCGCGGCAACCGAGAUUAAAAAGUCACUUCGCCUCAGUGUGUUCACUUUCUUGUGCUCUCAUGCUGUUCACAUGCCCCUUCUUGCCCCCAAGCUGGGACUUCUGAAGCUUCUUAACAGAAUUGACAAGGCAGGUGGCACAACCCGUACUAAAGAAUUGGAACCUCUUCUGAAGUAUUGGCGAGACCUUGACGAUCUGAAAGUUAAGGAGGUUUGUGACAAGGAACGCGUCUCGGUGGGCGAAAUGGAUGAGCAGGUUGUUUUGACGGUUACCCCGAAGGAAAAGGAUGCUAUUCUUGUGCUUCUUUCGAACGUGAGCCCUUACUCCAACUCUCUCAGAGCAUCUUUCGUUGCUUCCAUUUUUAGCCGCAUGAAGGAUGUUUGGGCCUUGGUGCCCGAAGACAGACAAAUUGAGGCUUCGGAGAAGCUCUUCGGAAUCUCGCUUGAAGAGUCGGAUUCUCUCCUUGUCAACGGAUGCAGGGACGUUCUGCGCAGUGUGCAAUUGACGGGCUCUGUGCUUCAAUUCUUCCUGCAGAAGAUCCCUGUGUCCAUUACUGAUAUGGAAUCUGCUGGACCAGCACCGAAGAGGAGACGCACCAGCCAGACCAAUAUGGUUGCCAUGACUGUCAAAGAUGAAGCUAAACUCAGCAAGCUGAUGGAGAAGACGACAUUCAUUUUGGAGCUGGUGGACAGCUCAAACCCCGAGUCUCACCCUGAACUGGCCGAUGGCCUCUUCCAGACGCUGGCAGCUCUUCAUCAUUUCAAAUCGCAGAUUCAGUCAGGAAUGAGCUACCUGCUCAGCUUGACUCUCGGUAGCCUGCUGGCUAUCGUCAACAAGUCGAAGCAAACUGCCAAGCCUCAAUUUGACACCUCAGUCAUCCGAGCGGAUCUUGUUGUCGAUUGUGUUCGUACGACAGAUAGCCCGCAAGUUCAGAACGCGGCUCUUCUGCUCGUUGCUGGCCUGUCAAUCAUCGCCCCUGAAUUGGUCCUGCAUAGCGUCAUGCCCAUCUUCACCUUCAUGGGCUCUAGCGUUCUCCGUAAGGAUGAUGAAUACUCCGUGUCUGUCAUCGACCAGACCAUCGAUCAGGUCGUUCCCGCUCUUAUUCAGUCUCUUCGUAACCAGAAGCGUGACGUGGUCUCUGGAACUUCUGAGUUGUUGUUGAGUUUUACCGCUGCUUUUGAGCACAUUCCUGCUCACCGUCGUCUGCGUUUGUUCCAUGCUCUGGUCACCAAACUAGGGGUUCUGGACUUCCUGUUUGCUGUUUUGGCUAUGCUGGCUAAUCGCUACGCCAUGGACAAGGAUGUUCUCGUUCUGAUGACUGGUCUCGUUUCUGAUGCCAGCGCACCCAUUGAACUUGAGACAUACAGCAAGUUCUUGGACUUGGUCAUUGACUCGCUCAAGCCCAAGCCUGGCAUUUCUCAAGUCCUGCUUGGAAUCGGAAGUGAUGACGGUCGUGAACCCCAGAAGGUCGCCGUCGAUCUGCUCAGGUCACUGGCUCACCUGUUCAAGCACUCUUCGCUGAAGGUAAAAAUGGCCAAGGCUUUCGCAACAGAUUCGGACGACCAGACAGUCCAGAUCCGCACCCACUUCUCUCAUAUCUUGGAGAAGGUUCUGUUCAUUGGCGAAUCUAUGCAGAACGUCAAGCCUGUUAGCCAGGCGAGCGGUGAUGUUCUCAGCGCCUUGUUCGGUACUUUGUCUCUCGUCGAUUUCCUUGAUACUAUCGAAGUCCUUCUCGAACGACCUGACGACGAACUUCGCCGCAAGGUUCUUCGACUCCUGGAGGGUCGUUUGCGCCAGAACCCUGAAAACGACGGUGUCUCACAAACACGCAUGUUGGACUUCUUGCCUACGUUGGUCAGCAUUGUGGAAUCAUCGCCGGAUAUUCUGCUCAAGCAUGCUGCAGUGGCCUGCAUCGACCGUAUCGCUGAGAAGUACGGCAAGAAGGAUCCUUUCAAGGUGGCCAGUGCUGCCCAGGUGGUUGCCGGCGCGGCUUGUAUUGGACAAGAUGAUGAGCGGAUUCGUAUCAUGGGUGUCCUGUGUCUCGCUUCGAUGGCCGAGGUACUUGGCGAAGCUAUGAUCCCUGCACUUCCAGAUGCGCUUGGUCGCUCGUUGGAAUUGCUCGACAUCAGCCUGGAAAGUGGCAAGGAGAACUCUAGAUUGCAUGAUGCCGUCCUCUCUUUCUUCUCUGCCCUCUUCGUUCACAUUCCCUUCAUGGUGUCUGCCUCUCAUCUUGAUCAACUCCUUCUACUCUGCCACAAGUCCGCUAUCACCGAGGAAGUUGAAGAUGAUGGCCGCGAGGAGACCCUCCGACUCCUGGCUCGGAAGGUCGAUGUGGCCGCGACGUUUGCUGCCGUUGACCGCAAUUGGCAACACGCCGUGGAAACUGGCCCCGAUGCUAUCCUGGAGACUCUUGGAAUUGUCAGCCUUGCUAUUGAGAAGCAUCCCAAAUCUGCUACCGUUAACAACCUUGCGGUCAUCACCAGCAUUCUGUUCAAGGCAUUUGACCUCCGCCGCCAGCAAGUGUCCUUAGGCUCGAAUGCCACCAUCGACUUGUCACACCUGGACGAGAUCGAGGAUGUCAUCAAUGAGGUCGCCAUCAAGAUGGUUUACAAGCUGAAUGACACCACCUUCCGUCCUAUUUUCACCAAGCUCCUUGACUGGGCUACCUCCACCACUACAGCCAAGAAAGAUACCCAAGGUAGUCUGGCUCGCCUUACGACCUUCUACAAGUUCCUCCAAGUAUUUUUCGGCACUCUUCAGUCCAUUGUCACCGGCUACGCAAGCUACAUCCUGGAAAAUGUGGUUAAGGUCCUCGCCAAAGCCAGCCCCUCGAACCAGAACACCAAGAGUCUGUGGCUGGCAACGAUGCGCAUGCUCCGGAAUGCCUUCCAGCACGACCAAGACGAAUUCUGGCAAUCUCCGUCCCACCUCACCGCGAUCGCUCAGCCCUUGAUCUCCCAGCUCGCCCAUGCCACGAACUCCUCCACGGCCGCCCUCGUCAUCGCCGAGGCCGUCCCCGCCAUCACGGAGCUGGCCGUCGCCGCCGACUCCACCGACAAUCACAAGGAACUCAACACGGCGUUGAUGCGUCUCCUCCGCCCCUCGGCCGGACCCUCGGGUAAGGCCGCUGCCGGCGGCGAGAACCCGCACACGCGUCUGGCCGCCCUCAAGGCGGAGCAAUCGCUCACCGAGCAGCUCGGCGAAGAAUGGCUGGCUCUGCUGCCGGAGAUGCUGCCGUAUAUCAGCGAGCUGAUGGAGGAUGAGGAUGAGAACGUCGAGCGCGAGGUCCGCAAGUGGGUCAAACAGAUCGAGGAGGUCUUGGGGGAGAGAUUGGAUGAUAUGCUCACCUAA